GAUAAAUUGAAAUUGAACAUGCGUAAUUAACCUUUCUGAAUAGGAAAAGAAAAAAAAUACAACAAAACUCUUCGUUUGUGGAACAUGCGCAUUCGUUGUCCCUAGUUUUUUUGGGUGUUGAAAGUGAGCAUGCGCAUAAUGGCCCUCUGAAGUUUGAACAGGACAGAAACGGCUGGUACUGGGGCUGUCAAAAAGAAAAAAGGAAAUUAUGAGUACAGAGUAUGGCUCACAAGUCACUGCUCUUUCCAGUGCUGCAUAGACCUGGUCUGAGGUUGCUCACUUUUUUGAGGAAAUAGGCCUAGUUUGUGUCUCAGCAUGUCAAUAGUAACAGUGCAACUUGGUCAGUGUGGCAAUCAGAUUGGUUUUGAAGUAUUUGAUGCUCUAUUUAGUGAUUCACACUGUCCCCAGGGACUCUGCUCUAAAAGAGAGAAUGAGGCAUAUCAAGCAUCUUGCAAAGAAAGAUUCUUCAGCGAGGAGGAAAAUGGAGUUCCAAUUGCCCGGGCUGUCCUUGUUGACAUGGAACCUAAAGUUAUCAAUCAAACACUAUCAAAGGCUGCCCAGUCUGGCCGAUGGAAAUAUGGGCAGCGUUCAUGCUUCUGUCAAAAACAAGGUUCUGGAAACAACUGGGCAUAUGGUUACUCUGUUCAUGGACCCAGACAUGAAGAAUCUAUAAUGAACCUAAUCCAGAAGGAAGUAGAGAAAUGUGACUCCUUGAGUGGUUUUUUCAUCAUAAUGAGUAUGGCUGGAGGCACAGGAUCUGGGCUAGGAGCCUUCAUUACACGGAAUUUACAAGAUCAGUAUUCCAGCUCCUUGAAAAUGAAUCACAUUAUAUGGCCUUAUGGAACUGGUGAGGUUAUCGUUCAGAAUUACAACUCCAUUUUGACUCUUUCUCACUUGUACCGAUCUUCAGACGCCCUCCUUGUUCACGAGAAUGAUGCUCUUCAUAAGAUCUGUGCAAAACUGAUGAAUAUCAAGCAGAUCUCCUUCAGGGAUAUAAAUCAAGUCCUCGCCCAUCAGCUGGGAAGUGUGUUCCAGCCUACUUAUUCUGAGGAAGGCUCAUCUCACUACAGAAGAAAUCCACUAGGAGACUUACUGGAGAAUUUAGUUCCCCAUCCUGAAUUCAAGAUGCUGGGUGUUCGUAACAUUCCCCAAAUGUCUGAGCACUCCCUGGCAUACAGCACGUUUACUUGGGCUGGCCUCCUCAAGCAUUUGAGACAGAUGCUCAUUUCUAAUGCAAAAAUGGAAGAAGGUAUUGAUUGGCAGGUACGGCCUCCUUUAUCAGGAGCUACUACUCUUGGUAAAAUGUCUGUCAACAAGAACCUUCACUUUAACACGUCUCUUGCUAACUUGGUCAUCCUUCGUGGGAAAGAGGUGCACAGUGCGGAUCUGGGGGGAUUUAAAGAUCCAGCCCUCUAUACUUCCUGGUUAGAACCUGAUAAUGCUUUCAAUAUGUGGAAAACCCAACGAGCCUUUAACAAAUAUGAGAAGUCUGCAGCGUUGGUCAGCAACAGCCAGUUCUUAGUAAAACCACUUGAUAUGAUUGUGGGCAAAGCAUGGAAUAUGUUUGCUUCAAAAGCCUACAUUCAUCAGUACACAAAGUUUGGAAUUGAAGAAGAGGACUUUUUGGACAGUUUCACAUUGUUAGAACAGGUUGUUGCCAGUUACCGCAAUCUCUGAUCUUGAACAAAAGGUUCAAGGGGGAAAAUGCCUUAUGUCAUUUUUGGACUAAAAUAUUUUCAAUACUAUUUUCACUGUAUGUUUUCAAAUUUUGAUCUUUGAAAGCCAGCCAAGUCAAAUGCUUAUUUCUUCUGCAUACUAUGCCCACAGAAUAGGAGAAGAACCUUUUAAAUAGAGAAUAUCAUCUUUUCAAUGAAAACAUCUACUUGGUAUUUUCAUUUGCAAGACAAAAAAUUGGUGCUUCUAUAAAGAACUUUGGAAACACUUUGCUUAGAUGUUGGAACUCUGGAACUAUCCAAAAAGGGGAAUAUUCUGUUUUGUCCCUAUAUGCCUAACUCUUCCUUCUUCACUUCAAAAAGGAUUCAUUAAAUGUGUGCUAAAUUUUCACAGCACAAUUUUAAGUUAAGAAAUUGCAGUUCUGUAUUUAAAUGUAUUUACCUCUGAAGUGAAUGUUCUGAACCACAAGAGGGAGCUGUUGUUAAAUAUUACAGAGUGAACAUCUUGUAUAUUUUAUUCUAUAACAGGUAAGAUUUUCUACCUUAAGCAGCUAUUUAAAAAUAAAGCCA